AUGAAGACAGCCGCAGUGCCUAUGCUUCUGACCCUGGCAUUUUAUCUCACACAAGAUGCUGCUGGUGGGAAAGGAAAUCAGGACCCAUGCAUGAAAUUUCAAGCACUGAUGAAAAAUGGGAUGCUGUCAUGUCCAGAAGACAGCAGACCUUCUCAAAGUCUCAAUGACAUCAUUUUCCAAAGGGAAUGCAUCUUGUGCAAAAAAACACUAGAACAAGGAGCAGCUACCAAGAACCCAACUGUGAGGCUUUUGUCCAGAGGCACCAGGGCCACUGCCCCAGCAAAGUUGAAUUGUGAGAGUUUCAAACAAAGAAGAAAAAAUGGGGAUUUCAUCUGUCCGUCUGAUGCUUCUGCCGUUUGUGGCACAGAUGGGAAAACAUACCGCAGCAGAUGUGAAAUGUGUGCUGAGAACGUGAAAACCCGGAACCAUGUUGACAUAAAAAGUGAAGGUGAAUGUGGCAGCAGCCACCUAGAGACGGAUAUGUGCAGUGAUUUUCGAGCCUAUGUGCAGGAUGGAAGACUCGGAUGUACACGGGAAAAUGAUCCAGUCCGUGGUCCUGAUGGGAGGACACAUGGCAACCGGUGUGCCAUGUGCGCUGAGCUCUUUUUAAAAGAAGCUCAAGAAAAUGCCACACGUGACAGAGAAAGCAGAAUUCGGAGAGAUGCUGAGGAGGAACUUUGCAAGGAGUUUCAAAACCAAGUGAGGAGUGGAAGACUCUUUUGUACCCGGGAAAGUGACCCAAUUCGUGGCCCUGAUGGCAAGAUGCAUGGGAACAAGUGUGCCCUCUGUGCUGAGAUCUUCAUGAAGCGUUUUACAGAAGAAAAAGGUAAAGCAGAGAAAAACCAGAGAGAUGCUGAAGAAAGGGCUAAAGCCAAAAUGGAAAUUAAGAAACGAUGUAGUGAAUUCCAGGACCGGGCAAAGAAUGGAACUCUGUUCUGUACCAGAGAAAAUGAUCCUAUUCGUGGUCUGGAUGGGAAAACACAUGGCAACUUGUGUUCCAUGUGCCAAGCUUUCUUCAAAGCAGAAGAGGAAGAAACAAAGGCUGAAGCUGGAACCAGAAACAGAAGAGGAUCUGAAAAUUCAGAAACAUAUGCAAAGCUAUGUGAUGGAUAUCGCAAGGUCAGGAAGAAUGGACAGCUAUAUUGCACCAGAGAGAACGACCCAGUCAGAGGCCCUGAUGGGAAAAUGCAUGGCAACACAUGCUCCAUGUGUCAGGCUUUCUUUAUUCAAGAAGACAAAGCAAGGGCAAAAGUUAAAAGAGAAUUGGCAAAGGAAAUGUGUAGUGAGUUCCGGAACCAAGCAAAAAAUGGAAUGCUCAUGUGCACCAGAGAAAAUGACCCUGUUGUUGGACCAGAUGGAAAAACACAUUCAAACAAGUGUGCAAUGUGUGCAAGUGUGUUCCUACUAGAAGAAGAAGAGAAGAAAAAAGAUGGCAAAGGGGAAAAGGAGAAGGCUACGGCUGGAAAGGCGAAGAGAGAAGCAGUACAGGAGCUCUGUAGUAAAUACCGUACCCAGCUAAGAAAUGGGCGGCUUCCCUGCCCCAGAAAGAAUGACCCCAUUGAGGGCCUGGAUGGGAAGAUCUAUAAAAGCACCUGCUCCAUGUGUGAGGCCUUCUUCCAGCAAGAAACAAAAGAAAAUGGAGCUGGUUUCAGAGCAAAGGCUAAAAGAGAAGUUAAGGUUGACUGCAGUGAAUUUCUGGCUCUCUCAAAGAGUGGAGAACUUUUCUGCACACGAGAAAAUGACCCUGUGCGUGGCCCAGAUGGCAAGACCCAUGGCAACAAGUGUGCCAUGUGCAAGGCUGUCUUCGAGAAAGAAAAUGAAGAAAGAAAGAAGAAAGAAGGGGAAAAUCAGAGAAUCACUACAGGGCAGAAUUCCAGUGGUAGGAGCCUGAAGGUGAGAGACGAAUGUGCUCAAUAUUGGGAAAGCAUGAAAAAUGGAGAACUCAGCUGUACUCGGGAAAGUGACCCUGUACGUGGUGCCGAUGGGAAACCAUACAACAAUAAAUGUGUCAUGUGUAAAGAACUACUGCAGAGAGAAAUGGAGGAAAAAAAUAAAAAUUCUGCCUCAAGAUCCAAUGGGACUGGAUCAGCAACAGGAAAGGAUGUAUGUGAUCAGUUUAGAAGCCAAAUGAAAAAUGGGAAACUCCUCUGCACUCGGGAAAGCGACCCUACCCGGGGUCCAGAUGGCAAGACUCAUGGAAAUAAGUGUGCCAUGUGCAAGGAAAGACUGGAAAAAGAAGCUGCCGAAAAGAAAAAGAAAGAGGAUGAAGACAAGAGAAACACAGGGGGGAACAAGAGUGAUAAGGAGGAUCAAUGCCAUGAAUUCCGGAGCAUGCAGCUAGAUGGAAGGCUGAUCUGCACCAGAGAAAAUGAUCCUAUUCGAGGCCCAGAUGGCAGGACGCAUGUUAACAAGUGUGCUAUGUGUCAGAUGAUGUUUGAGCGCGAAGCUAGUGAAAGAAAAAUGAGAGAAGAAAACUCACGCUCCCAGCCCACACAUGAAGCAAAGGACCAGUGUGGAGAAGUUCCUAACACAACAGAGGAGGCCAAACCUAGGGAGGCCAGGAGUUCUUUGCCCUCCGCCCAUGAGAUCAGUGAUGAUGAGUGCAGUGAGUUUCGAAAUCUCAUGAUGAAUGAAAAGCUUAUCUGCCCAGAAAUGGAUGACCUGGUGCGCGGUGCUGAUGGAACCUUUCACCAGAACAAGUGCCACAUGUGUAGAGAUGUCCUUGAAAAGGAAGCUUUGGAAAGGACGGGGCUUCAAGGAAAGUCAUCGCACAUUAGGUCUACUAAAGAAGGUGAUCCAGAAUUCUCCAGCUCCUCUCUGGACUCUGACAUGUGCAAAAACUACCGAAUAUUACCCAGGAUGGGAUAUCUUUGCCCAAAGAAUCUAAACCCUGUCUGUGGUGAUGAUGGUCAAACAUACUCCAACCCUUGUAUGCUCUGUCAUGAAAACCUGAUGCGUCAGACUAAUACACACAUACGUAAACAAGGAACAUGUGAGGAGAGCAGCAACCUGAAAACAGUAUCUGCUGGCACACCUGUAACUGUGAGUGCACUAGCAUGUGGGGUUAAGGUAGUAGCUGUUGUGGAUCCUGUUUUGGUUCUACUACACUAG